CUAAUAAAAGGCCAUGCACUGACAUUCAGUGCUAUAAUAUCUAGCUAGUUACUGCCAUAAGCAUCAGAGACUUUAUACUGAUUGUCUAUAUACACAGCUUUCUGGACUGCAGACUGCUAGCUGAACUACACCUAUAACUCUACUAAUAAACGAAAAAGACUAUGAUUGGAGGAGGAGUAUCUGUUGCAGUGGUCUUGGUGAUGACCUGCUUUCUAGCCAGCCAAGCAGAUGCUCAAAUUUAUGAAAUUGUUUUUACGAGAUUUUCUUCAAAUGGCGUACAACUGACCUGUCGACUGAAUGGAGGUGGAACCCUCGAUGGUAGUGCCUUUUUCUUUCAAAAUGGCACAUUUGAAUCCUCAGUAAUGGAUGCAGCCACUGACAGUUACACUUUUUUAGUGGAUAGACUGGAAAAUGAGGGGCAGUACACUUGCAGUAACGAUAUAAAUAUAGUUUCUGGCAGUGAUUUUGUGAAUGUAAUAGCUCAACCAUCAACUGACCAUCAAGUAGCACUUGAUGGGAGUAUCACCAUUAGAGCAAAGAGUGGAACUACAGCGAUACUUCCCCCGUACAUUGGACCUGGUAUUUGGUUCUCUCGAUAUUACAUUGACUGGAAGAAUAGGACUGGUACCAAUGAAAUAUCGGUAGGUGCAAUCAGAGGACUCCGGAACACUGUAAUAAAUCAAGGAAUCGAACGAUUUUCUGUGGAGCCUAACACCUUUUCUUUGAAAAUAGAGAGUGUAACUCGUCAUACUGAUGCUGGAAAUUAUUUUGGGGAACUCGGAGUUAUGGAAGCAGAAGGUGCCUCUGAAAUGAACUAUAUGCAGACCAUAAGUAUGGGUAUACGUCUGGAAGUUUACGAAGAACCCAGAAUCAUGCAGGAACUAGUGAGCGUGACCAUGAAGUACGAAGAAAAUGCUGUUGCGCAGUUCACAUGUACAGCUAAGGGCUUUCCUGCUCCUACUAUUUCGUGGAAACACAAUGGAAACCCAGUCUCAACCUCUUCUACAAUUGCAAAAUACAGCGUUAAAGAAAUGGCUCCCAACCAAGACAGUGAAGACACAGUGACCAGGAUUUUGAUGAUACACAACAUUCAUCCUGUAGACAGCGGAAGCGUGAGAUGUGUGGCUACUGUGGAACCUGGUGGCGAUAUACCUCCUGUGAACGACUCAAAAAUAGUUGCAAAUUUUUCUGUUUUAAACAUUUUCGAUGUUGAUGUUUACCGGACAGUUGAGAAUAAGUUAAUCUUCAUUGUCAAUAUCGGUGAUGAUGUGAUGAUACCAAUUGGCUUACGGAUACAACUAGACUUUGAGGAUGGGCAAGAGCCUCUUACGACAUCAGAAGUAUACAUGAACACUAAUUCACUAACCUUUGUCUACGAUGACCCUCCAGAAGCAUUGUUUACGUCUAUUGUUUCUGUGACGGUUGUAGAAAGCAGAGGAUCCAGAUCCAGUCUCCCCAUGAGCAAGGAUCUGUCAAUGGAGAUAAAAAACGAGUUUUCCCUCUACCAGCGACUGAUCACAAUAGCAAUACCAGUAGGGAGUGGACUCGUCACAGUGUGCUUACUUCUAUUCUGUAUUUCAAUCUUAUGCUGCAUCAAGUGCUGGAUAAAUGAUAGAGAAGACAUUCGCAAACACAAUUACCUUGAAACAGGUAGCUAUAAAUUCUACAAAAACCUUAAAAAAGUACAAGAUAACCCCAAAUCCACUUGUGAUCAAAAGUGUGAAAAAGUCGGAGAUUUGCUAGAUUAUUUUCAACAUAUAGAAGAGCAAUACGAGACAGUUCACAAUGGCACACAAAUUGUAUCCUCAAGUGGUCCACCACCAUGCCAAGAGUAUAAUUGCAUAACAUCGGCUCAGUCUUCAAUACAUAUGGAAAACGCGGAAGAACCGUCAGCACUUACCCUCAGUGUAGUCUUUGACAAUAACAAUAAACGAGUCACUUGUGUGCCUCCGAGUGAUCUCUCUCCUAUUAAAACAAAAGGAAAAUCAUGUGCAAGAGAAAGAAGAAAAAUAAAACCGUAUAAAAAAUGCACUAGAGAAGAAGCAAUUCAAAAAGGAAAAGAAUUAUUUAGGUCUCUUAACGAAUAGAUAUAUAAAUUUAUGAAGUGCAUAUGCAUGGUUGUACAUUUCAGUUGGUUUAGUUGUGUGUAUUAAUUGUUUUCUAUUUGUGAAUUUUCAAUGCCAAAACAAUUCAUCAAAUUUCGUAAUCAGAAA